AGAGAGAUGAAGAGAGAGCGCUUUACUGCAGUAUCACUACAUUUCAGCAUCACUCAUCAAAACUCUGCGGCAUGCGGACGAGAACGGCAGAUGCCUGGGUUGUACUGAGUGUAGUGUCAACAUUAACUGUAAUUAGAUACCCUAGCACGGAGCUGCCAGAUUUUCAUCCUUCUUGCAAAGCAGCUCUUCAUUUGUGUACUUGAUAGCGGGUUUCUGCUUUCUAUCUGAGUAAUUGGCACCCGUUUGUUUCCAGAGCAACUCUGUAACAAGUUUUGUAGUGUAGGCCUACCUCACAGCUAGAUACUUCACCAACCGACUUUCUACAUUAGGCUAUAAAGCCCGGUAAUAAAAACAUCUUGAAAUGGCAAAAGAUGCCGAGAAGAGCACUUGGAAGAACACCAUAUGGAACCCCAGUACGCGGGAAUUUUGUGGCAGGACAGCGAGCAGCUGGGGCCUCAUCCUGCUCUUCUACCUAGUGUUCUACAUCUUCCUAGCAGGCAUGUUCUGCCUCACCAUGUAUGUCAUGCUGCAGACCUUGGAUGACCACAAACCCACCUGGCAAGACAGGCUUAGCACACCAGGCAUGAUGAUCAGACCCAGGGGAGACACCAUGGAGAUCAACACCCACAACACUGAGAGCUGGGACAUGUAUACCAAGACCCUGGACAACUUCCUCUCUUCCUACAACAACUCUCUGCAGGCUGAAAAGAAUGACAAGUGCCCACCAGACCAGUAUUUUAUUCAGGCAGACAGCGGUGAUGUGAAGAACAACCCCAAGCGCUCCUGCCAGUUCAACCGAUCCCUUCUACAAGAAUGCUCUGGCCUCAAUGACCAUACCUAUGGAUACCAGGCUGGCAAGCCAUGCAUCAUCAUCAAGCUGAACCGGGUUAUUGGGAUGUUGCCAGGAAAGGAUGGCCAGGCUCCAUUUGUCACUUGUGGAGCGAAGAAAGAAGACUCUGAUAAGAUUGGAGAGGUGGCGUACUACCCUGAAAAUGGCGCCUUCAACCUCAUGUACUACCCUUACUAUGGCAAGAAAGCUCAGGUGAACUACUCCCAGCCUCUGGUUGCCAUUAAGUUCCUCAACAUCACCCUCAACGAAGACAUCAACAUCGAGUGCAGGAUCAUCUCCAACAAUAUUCCUCCUGGGAGUGAAAGAGACAAGUUUGCUGGAAAAGUGUCUUUCAAACUGAGGAUCAACACUAAACAAUAGAUGUACAUUCUCUUUCUCUCACAAAUAUUCACACUGACAUGCUGUGCACAGGUACACACACACAUACAGAAACCGAUAACAGAAUUAACACCCUCAGUUUGACGAAUAGAAUAUGUUUACAACUUUCAUUUACAACUUUCAUUUAAGUCUAUUCAUCAACACGUCUUACCAGUUUACUGUGGGUCCUUCCUUGCUGCCUCCCUCUAGAGUGCCCCUUUAUAAAAGAAUAUACACUAAAUCCAAUACAAAACAUGUAUCUAUUUAUAUAUAAUGGCCUUAUAUCAGUAUUUCUAUUUUGUUGCACUUGAAUAGUUCAACAGCUAAACAUAUGAUGUAAAAAACAUUUUGGUGGAUGAAUGCAGAGACAGAGUCAUUUUUCAUGUGUGUAUUGUCUUUCGUGUCCUAAGAAAGCGGGAGGCCUCAUGUCCCAGCUCUCUGCUCUGCUAUGUGGGAAUUAUUCAUUAGGUUAUGUUAAACCACUGGUCAUCAGCACUCUGCAGUGAUCAUCCAGUUUAGCCCCCCCACACACACACAGCCAUUGUGUGAAUGAAAUGUGAGCUAUAAGAAGAUAGCAUCUCCAACAUGGGGAGUUAUAGAGUUCAACACCUUUGUGUAUGUGUGCGUGCGUAUAUGUUUGUAUGUGUGUGUGUGUACUGUGUAUGUUUGUAUGUGUGUGUGUGUGUGUACUGUAUGUGUAUGUGUGUGUGUGUACUGUAUGUUUGUAUGUGUGUGUGUGUACUGUAUGUGCAUGUUUUUAUGUGUGUGUGUGUGUGUACGGUAUGUGUGUGUACUGUAUGUGUAUGUUUGUGUGUGUGUGUGUACUGUAUGUGUAUGUUUUUAUGUGUGUGUGUGUACUGUGUUUGUAUGUAUGUUUGUGUACUGUAUGUAUGUUUGCAUGUGUGUGUGUGUACUGUAUGUGUAUGUUUGUAUAUAUGUUUGUGUGUGUGUACUGUGUUUGUAUGUGUACUGUAUGUGUAUGUUUGUAUGUGUGUGUGUACUGUAUGUGUGUGUGUGUGUGUGUGUGUACUGUGUUUGUAUGUGUGUGUGUGUGUACAGUAUGUGAAUGUUUGUAUGUAUGUGUGUGUACUGUGUUUGUAUGUGUGUGUGUACUGUGUUUGUAUGCGUGUGUGUACUGUGUUUGUAUGUGCAUGUGUACUGUCUAUGUGUGUGUACUGUAUGUGUAUGUUUGUAUGUGUGUGUGUACUGUAUGUGUAUGCGUGUGUGUACUGUAUGUGUAUGUUUGUAUGUGUGUGUUGUGGUAAACCGUUGGGUGGAGUGUGCAGAGAUUGACACAGAGAUAGGGAGGCUUUAGUCUGCAAAAACAACUUUACUAAGACAGAAAAUAAAUACAUCAAAGAAAUAACUUAGGUUUUGCUCGGUCUUCCUUCUCUUUCUUAACUAGUGUCCGUCUCUCCCUUCUCUUCUGGGGCUUAGUGUCGGUCUCUCCCAGGGUGUGCCACUGUGCUUUUUUUAUUUAGCCUCCACAGCUGGUUGGCACUUACCUCUAAUUACCUCCACUUAGAGCUGUCCAUGUCGGGGUGCCCAGCUCCCGUAUUCCCAGCAGAGGGAGCCAACAUCGCCUUACGUACCUCCCCUCUAUUUACCAUCCCCCGGGGUAGACCUCCUGGGAUACCACAGUGUGUACUGUAUGUGUAUGUUUGUAUGUGUGUGUGUACAUGUUUGUAUAACAAAAUUCAGUUUGCAAGAAAAAUGUUAUACUGUAGGUUGGGAAGUUGCAUAUGCAAUGUGCAAUAUUCAUUAGUGACAAAUCAUAUUCAUUCUUCACAUUAAACAGGACUCUUUUGUUAUAAACACUUGAAUUGCACAUCAGUCAUGAAUUGGAUCAGUCUUCCAUAACAUGGAUAUACAUUGUUCUUACAGUGCACACACAUGGUUUGUGUUCACAGCUGUGUCCCUCCAGCUCAAGGGUUAGGUCUUUUUGCAUUUACAUCACAUUUAUAUUUGAUUUUGUAUUGAUUUGCGCUGGUUUGUGUUUUUCUUGUGAAGAUGAGAUGCUUAUGGUUCUGUGGAGAAGGACAAAUAGAGAGUUUGUUUUUGUUUCUAUGUUUGUUUAAACAUUUGUACAUUGCUUGUUACUGCUGUGAUAGCCUUCAAACUGAGAUGCACUGACUCCAACGUUUCUGAUUACAUUGACCAGAAUGUCUAUAGGGCUGUUUUGGUAGUACCGGUCAUUUGUUUGAUUUUUGAAGGAUUCUCUGCCAUUCCAUUGCUUUAAACAGGGGAGUACAACAGACCAACCAACCUUGGAGUUGGAGACUGUACUCUAAUUAUAAACAUCUACAAUUGAGCGUUUAGGAAUUUGCUGUAGCAUGGUGGUCAAUGUGCUGUUGCACAGAUACCCUGGAUGUGCUGCUGACUUGAUUAGGUACACAUAAUAAGAAAAGCCCAUGCAUCAGUUGAGGAAUCUGUGGAUCUGAGCGAGCGCUGCUGAACCCAGGCACCUCGCCUUGGCUGUGACAUUGUGCCAAUGUGACUGAUCCUGCUAUGACAUCAUAGCAACACUUUCAGAACACUAGCAUCUGUUCACUCAAAUUAAGGAUUGUGUUGACUUUUAGGGCCUAUUCUUUUCUGUCAGUAUUGUAUAUCAAUACAUUCUCCUUCAUUUGGAUUGAAGUGGUGCCUCUGUAAUAUCAUCAUCAAGACUGACAGUAAUACUAUGUUUUGUUUGAUAGAUGUGCUGUAUAAUACAUGUUGAGGUAUAUAGGAGUGAUUGAACAAAGUAAAUUGACUCCAUGCUAAACAUGCAUGCUGCAUGUAGCCUACCAAUAGUCCUUGUUUUUGAGCAGUGCUAGUGCUACGUAUUCCUUAUCAUUCCUGCUCCACUCAGUCUGUCACGCUUCAUUUCACUGUAAUCUCUUAAUCUGGUCAAAUAAUCCAAAACAGGUCCCCUUCUUUAUCCUCUCUUUGUAGUUCCACCUUGUGUCUUUUGUUCUCUCUCUCUCUUUCUCUCUCUCUCACUCACUCUCUCUCUCACUAACACACACACACACACACACAAAUCAUACAUGCUUUCUGUUAAGAUAUGUAAGGUUAGGAAAGACUAUGGUAUGUGUUUAGUUCCACAGUUACGUUACACUACAAUAUUAUCAGGGUUUUAUCCAUGUGACCCACAUAUUGCCAUGUUGUACCACAAGCCAUUUUUCCUCAUGAGCCCAUUCCAUUCACAAUUCAAUCUACACGUAAAUGUGUAUACUAUCCAUGGUGUGUGUAGCCACGCACUUACAGAUAUGUAUAUAUAUUCCUGAUGGCAAAAGUAAUGUUUUCCUUUGCUACAUACAAGAUUAGUCCUGCCACAUUCCCUCCAACCAAAGAUAUUCAUGAGAAUUGUAUUAGUAUGAAAAAAAACGUGCUGCAACUGCCAGACCACAGAUAUUUCUGAGAGAAAGCAUUUAAUUUAAAACAUGUUUCAGAAUGAUGUGUGAAUGUCAUUUCAUGAGCAGUCCUAUUCUUACAUAAUGAUACACAAAGAAGGAGCAUGUUUCACUAAAUGACAACAGUGCCUCUUGGUGGACAGAUCGUGUUGUUCCCCAGUGUCACCUGUUAUGUAAUAACAUAUAUCCGUUAUUACGUGAUCAUUUGGAAAUUUCUUCAAAAAGCAACACAUUUAUUUGCUUGUGUGGCUGUACGUUUUUAUUCUUGGAAAGACUGCAACAAAUGUAUAGUAACAAAAAUAAUAAAGAGCUUGAGGAAGAAGACAGAAAACAUGGAAAUAUUACGUUCACAUAGAUAUACUUAUGUUUGCUAAUGCGCGUCUUCAAGGUUGAACAAUAGAAACAUAACGGUUUUGUUUUCAAAAAGGGAUAAAGUAUUUGUAUUGUUAUUUUGCUGAAAAGAGGAAAUAAUGUAUUAGCAUUGUAUUAAGACAGGGGUGCUACAUGGUAGGUUUUCGACCUGUAAUCUCAGAAUUCUGAGUGAGACUGAAGAAAACUUGACAAUUAAACACAUACCAAGUAGCAUUUUUCAUUAUAAGUCUGACCCCUACUUUCUCUGUCUUGUUUUCAACAUUGCAGUAUUGGAUGGUUGCCCUGUUGAAACGCUUUCUCAGUCAUUGUCUACUGGCUACUCUUUUAGGUGAACAGUGCAUGUCUUUAUAUGGGCACCAAGAUGAUGAGAUGAAGAAGGGCAUCCUCUUCUGGUAUUGGUUUGAUCAGUUACACUGAUUCAAUAGAAAGCUGCAUAUUUACAGUAACUGCAAAGGAUUUAUCCCCAAACAGCACAAUACUUGCCUGUGACCACUGCAUGUGGAAACUAGUGUGAACUAGCAAGAAAGCUUUUCACUAAAGGUCCUCCUGGAAAAUAAUAUAAAAACGUUAUGUCCUUGAAAAUCUUGAAUCAGACAGUUUAUUAAAAACGUAUCUAAGGCAGAACUCCUUUGAAACACUUUGGGAUAAUCUCUCACCCAAAAUGAAUGGGCUGAUAAUUCUAUAUAUUUUUUUGCUGGAUGUAUAUUAUUGUAUGUAUGUAUAUAAUUUUUUGCUUAUGUUCAUUGUAAAAAAAAAACAAUAUAGAAAUCAAUAAAUGUGAUUGACAGAAACAACCA